AGUCCAAAUAAUGAAGUGUCGGAUUUUAUGUUUACUCUUUGGAGUAUUAAUGCAACAAAAUUGAAGCGUUUAUCUCGGAUAAACUAACUUGCAAUAUGAUAUGGUAGUGAAUGCAUGAGCAGUAGAUGUUACUUGAAAUUCUACUCUCUAUUUUGUAUGAUUGUCAAAUAAAAUCAACUUCAACUUUAUUGUUAUUAUUCGGCGUUUAUACUGUUUUCAAGUUUCCCUUCUUCAAUCUGAAACAAGCAAGGUAAUAUGAUGGAACUACAUUCACAACCAUGGAUCGGGUUAUAACACAUAUGUGAAUAUAAGGAUGCGGACGAUGCUCUUGUUGGACUCGAAAGCGCUCCUAGUGGUGAUUUUGUUACUUACGAUGCCUGACCACUGCCAAUCCGUUAUUCUUGACCACGCUACGGCUACGGAGCUGUCCCUCUAUGACGACUACUUGCACAUAUUGACACUACCCACGGCCGUCCGCCUACGCGGAACAGACUACAGCAAUAUCUACGUAUCGGACAACGGGCUGAUAGCGUUCGACAGCUCAUUUACAACGGUAGGAUCGGAAUUGUCGAACUUAGUUGGAUCAAACAAAUGGUUGGCGCCAUUCGGGUCUGACGUCGUGGAAUCCCCGGCAGCUGAACUCAAGCACCAAACCUUUAAUCAGGGCACAGAGACGGCGGUUGUGGACGCUUACGUUUCCGGCGUGUUUCCAGAUGCGUCCUUUACCGCUAGCGUGGUUUACGUCAUCACGUGGCUUGGCGUAAAGAAAGUAGCAGACACAACAACAGCGACGAACACAUUUCAACUGGCCCUAGCGACUGAUGGUUCCCAAACAUUCGCCGCAUUCCUGUAUGAUACUAUAGAAUGGUAUCCAGCAGUGGUUGGCGUGGGCGGUGGGGACGGUAGUGUCCAGCAGGUGUGCUAUACCAACACCUUAAGCGCAAAACACCUCCCCGAACGCUCAAACAGUGAUAAUUGUGGCGCCGAGCCUGGCGUCAUCGUCUUCCGCAUUGAUGACACUUCCGCCUGGUCCACAGAGUGUAAAGGCGUUUAUACGAAACCAACGACCUGUACAGAUCAAGGCACUACCCAUCGGCCGAGUGUGUGCAGCUUGAGGAGAAGGAAGAAACGGCGAUAAGCCCAGCCAGAUGCGUGUCCAGUGAUCUCCCUUGUCUCGUCCUAGUGCCAUGUCGGCGUCGACUAUUUUUGUCUUUUUCAUCUUAACUCUAUACUGUAUCAUUUUUUAUAUGCGUGAUAAAAAAGUAAAAAACAAUU